GAAAUGUCAAAGAUUGUCAGACGUAACAUAUAAAGUGUAAACCACCAAGUUUCGAUUUGUAAUUUUGUGAUUUGCAAUAUUUUGCAAAUUCUUAAAAAUUUAUUGACGUUAGAUAAUAUUAUGUCAGAGAAUAAUAAUUAAUAAGAAAUCUAAAUCAUAGAAUCUAACUCAUCAUACAUACAUGUUAUAACGGGGAUAUUCCAAAGUGAAGAAGGAAAAUUGUUCAAAAAUAUGAUAGAGACUAGAGUGUAAUAACAAACAGUAGUUCUUUGUAUUGGAAUUUACGUUCAAUCAUGAUUGUGCGGUGUGCGCUGUUAAUUCUGUUUGUGAAUUGUGUACGAACAAAUGAAGAGAAACCAAAUUAUUUUGAAGAUGAAUUCAAUUAUUUUAAGUUAGACAAAGGGUUUCGUGUUAUACCGUACGUAGAUAAUGUGCCGCACUUUAUAGGGGUUAAGAAACGUGAAGCUGAUGGAAUUUUACCUAAAGUUGAAACUGAUCUGUUAACUAGUGAUAACCAACCCCAACAAACAGUUAAAAAAGAUGAACCAGAGCAAAUAAUUAUUGGACAAAGUGAAGGCGGAAUUGUUAAGCAAGAAAUUGCUUCACCUCAAAAUAAUUCGAUAGCAUCAUUGGUUCCAAUAAAUAAUAACCAAAAUGUCAACCAAGAACAAAUGAAUAAAACAAACACAAUUUCUGUUAAAAUUUCUCCUGAUAAACCAAACGAAAAUGUCACAACUGCUCCACCUACAAUUUCCAAGCUCAGUGAUCCAGCACCGAACAAGAAUAUCACCAAUAAGAAAGAUGAAUCCUCAGCUAUUGACGUUAAUAGUCCUGGUGUUAUAAAGAGAGCUUUAAUAGUUUUCGGAGGCCUGACACUUCUUGCUGUUGCUUACCUUAUAUUUUACCGAAACAAACACAAAAAGUUUGACGCCAGUAAUAAUCAUGGUACCGGUGAAUCAAACCAAUUCAGAUAUGGUGUUCUCCAUUCUGAUGACCGGCGGGAGAAUCUAGAACUAUCUCGAAUACCACUCACAAUGGAAUCUGAUGAUGAUGAAGACGAAGACCUAGAAAUAUUCGACCUGGAACAGAAAAGGAAAUCAUUGUCCUAUGUAAAUCUUCAAACAAAUGAUGAGGACAUUGUUUUACGUUCAUCUAAAGAUGAAUCCAAGAACAAUUUGUUACUAGAUAUAGAGGAUGGAUCGCCAGAUCAGCUCAUUAAUUGGUCAAGUAGUGGUAGUAAGUCUAUACUAUAAUAUUUCUAUAUUUGACCAACUUACAAAGGAAUUUUUGGAGAAUUUCAAGUGAGGCACAAAGUCAAGAAAAGGUUUUUAGAAACUCACUUAUUUCUGUAUGGUGUUAAUACCCUCUAAUGAUAUUGGGGCUUCUCAACAUUCAAGCAAUAUUUAAAAAAGGUAGGUUACAGAACUAUUUUGUUAAACAAUUUUAAGUGUUUAGGAAUAUUUUACUAUUAGCAUGAAGCCCAAUGAUGAUAACGAAAUGAGUUUUGAAAAUGGAAUGAAGUUUGUGAGUACAUAGACAUAUUUUUCUAAAUCACACUGAUAGGAGUUACAGAACAGUUUAAUAUUUUAUAUUUCUUAAAAGCCUAAUCUAUCGCUAACGAAUUUUACGCUAUCUAUUAAGUUAAGCUUAAGAGACUUUUGUGUAUAUGUAAAAGGACACUUUUAGCACAGUCUAAUGAUCCAUACAGUUGGUAAACCAAGACGUUUAGUUU